AUGGAUCAUGCGAGAAGACAUCGAAGAUCACUGAACAAAUCACCUGAUCAUGAAUCCGAUGAUCAUGGAAUGUAUCAUAUUAUUUAUGAGAUACCACAAUUUCAGAAAAAAAUGCCUUCUUUACAACUAAAAGAAGCGCUUACAUCAAAACGGACAUAUAACCGAGAAAUACAUGUCCCAGAGACUAUUUAUCCAGAAAUCCUAGUAAUCGUCGAUUACAGUAUGAAUUCGUUUAUGCAUGCACAAACUCUACAGGACAAAAUUAUAUAUUUAUUAGCAUUUUGGAACGGAGUCGAUAUGAGAUACCGCAAUUUAGUUAAUCCAAAAAUUAGGUUGAACAUUGCUCGUAUUUUUGAUUAUAAUUCCCAAAAUCCUGGUUGUGAUUCCAUUGGACUAGCUUGGCCUUCUGGAGCAUGUGACAUUCAUAACAGAACUAUGGACAAAGUUGAUUUUAUACAAAAUUUUGGUAAUUUCGCGGGUGUUAAAAUAGGUGCACAUGAAUUAGGACACUUAUUGGGCGUGAAUCAUGAUAACAUAACUGACAAUGGAUGUAGAGAUGGAGAUGGUUACAUCAUGUCUACCUCUAAUAAAUAUACAGGUCAUGGUUUUAAUUGUUCAAGAUGUUCCUUACAAGAAAUGAAUAGAUUUAUCAGGAGUGAAGCUGCAACUUGCUUGAAACAAGAAUCUUCGCCAAAAGGCAAACCUUUGUUCCGUUUUUUGCCGGAAAAGCUGAUGAAUAUACAUGAACAAUGUGAUGUUAACGAAUAUGGAAGCAGAAAUUUAAUUUCGAGAUGA